CGUACAGAUGCACUUGACGAAACAAGUAUAAAAUGCACACAAGUUGUUGAACUGAUUUCAAAUAGCAAAAUGUUUCUUAAAGCAGUUGUGUUCUCCGUUCUCUUUGCGAUGGCGGUUGCCGAGAGGCCCCGAGUCGGUCUCCGGAUGCCGCCAGUGUUUCCGCCUUUUCCUGGAAAGUUUCGACCACAUCUGCCUCAAGUGGUCGGAGGUGAAGAAGCUCCGGUAGGAAGUUAUCCACACAUAGCAUCUCUUCAACUGUUCGGCAGUCACUUUUGCGCCGGAUCCAUCUUGAACGAACGAUGGAUCGUAACAGCAGGACACUGUGUUCAAGCAGUUCCUUCUGCAGAUCUUAUUACCGUCAAAGUUGGCAAGCACGAUACUAGUAUUAGAGAGAGCUCUGAACAAGCGGUUGAUGUGAAACAGGGUAUCGUACACGAACAGUACCAAGGUGGUGUUGGCCCAUAUGACAUUGCUCUGCUUGAGCUUGCAUCUCCAAUAAAGUUGAACGACAGAGUACAACCCAUCGCAUUGCCAGAAGCAGAAAGUGAUCCAGCGAAUGGUUCAGAGGGAUGGCUUUGUGGAUGGGGCUCCACCUCGACUACCAAUUGGCCAGUAUAUCCGGAUAAACUUCAGCAUGUUCAAGUGGAGUAUGUCGAUCGUCCAACUUGCCACGAUGCCGUUGAACGCUUAACAGGAUCUUCUCCCGUUCAUGAAACCAAUGUCUGCACCGGUCCAAUGACUGGUGGAAUCUCGGCAUGUAGUGGUGACUCCGGUGGUCCUCUAAUCACGCGUGACGGACAAAAAGCAGUGCUCACUGGAAUAGUAUCUUGGGGUAUUGUUCCAUGCGGUAGUAAAGGUGCUCCAUCUGUUUACACCAGAGUAUCGAAAUUCAACGAUUGGAUCGCGCAGAAAACCGGCAAUUAUUAUACGCAACAAAAUGAGUAUAAAAUGCCAAUUUGUUGGAAACUGUCAAACAUCGAAAUGGUUCCCAAAGCAAUUGUGUUGUUUGCUCUCCUAGCGGUGGCGAUCGCCGAGAGGCCCAAAGUCGGUCUCCGGCUACCAUCAUUCUUUACGCCUGGUCGAUCAAUUUCACCUCAAAUAUUCGGAGGUGAACCUGCACCAGAAGGAGCCUAUCCGUUCAUAGUUUCUCUUCAAGUUUACGGCCAACAUUUCUGCGCUGGAUCAAUUUUAAACAAAUACUGGAUCCUAACAGCAGGGCACUGUGUUCAGGCAGUUCCUUCUGCGGACAUGAUUACUGUUAAGGCUGGAAAACACAACAUAUUCUCUAGUGAGGCUUCUGAACAGUCGAUCGAAGCGUCACAAGGCAUCGUACAUGAAAACUUUGGAGGUAACGUUGGCCCAUAUGACAUUGCCUUGCUUAAGCUUCAGUCUGCAUUGGAGUUCACGGACAGAAUACAACCCAUCGAAUUGGCACCAGCAGAAAGUGAGCCAACUGGAGAAGCAUGGCUUUGUGGAUGGGGCUCCACUGAGAAUGCUGAUACGCCAAAAGUACUUCAGCAUGUUAAAAUGGAAUACGUCGAUCGUCAAACUUGCCACGAUGCCAUCGAACGCUUGACAGGAGAUUCUCCUGUUCACGAAACCAAUGUAUGCACUGGGCCAAUGUACGAUGGAAUUUCCGCAUGCAGCGGUGAUUCCGGUGGUCCUCUAUUCUCACGAAAUGGAAAUACAGCGAUACAAACUGGAAUAGUAUCUUGGGGUAUUUUCCCAUGUGCUACUGACGGUGCGCCAUCCGUGUUCACUAAGGUAUCCAAAUUCAACGACUGGAUUAAGCAGCAAUUUAAUACUUAUAGUUAACGAUGAUAAUCUUAACAAUUCAAUGCAUACCGAAUCAGUGUAUACUAAUGACAAGUUGUUUCAUAUAAUUCAAAAUAAAUAUACAGUCUAAAUAAAUAAAAAAUUAUUUUUAUUUUAAACUUAUUUGACACUAAAAACUAUGCAAUAAUUUGAUUGGAUGAAAAAAAACAUUCAAUAUAUAAAAUGGAUUGCUAUAUUUGUCUCUUUAUUUUAUUCAACAGUCACAAAUGUUAUUACCUUAAAUAUAUACAGUCUGUUCUA